AUGCCAGCUGUGAAGAGCAAAAAGGGAUUAUACCCUAAAAAUUAUGGCAACUUUCAGCCUGGGGAUCGUGUAUUAGCAAAGAUGAGUGGAUUUCCCCCUUGGCCUGCUUUUAUUCCUAAGUAUUGCCACCUUACCAAGAAGGUCCUCAAUGCCAGGAAGAGCGCCAGUAAAAUCCCUGUGUUUUACUACGAUCAGGGAGACUAUGGUUGGUGUGACGAAAAGAAUGUUCAUCUCUUAGAUGAGGCUUUACUAAAUGAAAAAUUGAAAGCCAUUGAUAAAAACGGUAAAGUUGAUGAUAGCGGCUUGGCUGAUAACUUCAAAAGCAUUAGUACUGGGAUUAGUUACAUGGAAUUUAGAAGAGAAGUUGCCGAUGAUGAGGCUGAUUACAAUAACGGCUAUUACAGCGAUGAGGACGACCCAAAUAGAGAGAAAAAGACUAAAGAGGCCGAAUGUGAACCAAAAAAGAAAGCUACUAGUGCUAAGAAGGCGAGAGCGGCUCUGGAAGGGGUGGGUGACACCGAACACAAGAAAAAGAAAGCCAAACAUGAUCACGGAAGCGGCAGUGGCACAAACGAUAAAGUAUUAGAGACAAGUUGGCGAUUCAGGUAUAUUUUACAAAAAGGUUUGAUACAAACGAAAAAAGAACCAACCCGAGAAGCUUGUGAGGAGGCUGCCAAAACUCUUGGGGAAAUGGAACAAUUUUACAAAAAAAAUAAAAUCACCGUGACGAUUUUGAAGACCUCGAAAAUUCACAAAGUAUUGAGAGAACUACUUAAAAAGGAUUCCCUCAAGGGUUCCCAUGAUUUACAUAAGAGCUGUUCCUCCUUGUUGCAAGACUGGGCGCCGGUUAUCGAGGAGCUCAGAAAAGACAAACAUGGCAACGGAUCUGGGGCCAGUAAUAAUGGACAUCACAGUAGAAAUUUAAGUGAUGUUAGUAACAUAUCAACUAAAAAGGAAGAGAAGUUGAGUGAUUGA